AGAGAUUAUGUAAUCGAUUAAAAAAUAAUGUCAUGUGUCCCAUCCCUACACAACUCUCUCUCCAGUUCCGGUGCUCAGCCAUGUAACACGUCUGUACAAUAAUAUAUAAUUGUAAUGUCCAUUAAUCACAAUAAAUACAUAUUAAAUAAGAAACUUAUCAUUAUUUUAUAUGGCGCAGUCGUAAAUGACACAAGAAAAAUAAGGUUUCAAGAAAGAAAAUAAAGUGAUUAAAAUGGAUUUGAAGCAGCCAUCGCCAUUACAAUUGACCGCAUGUUCUAAUCCCAGUGAACAGUGGAAGAAAUGGAAACAAAGGUAUGAUUUGUACUUUGUAGCGUCCCAAGCGGGAGAGAAGCUGAAAGAUGAUGCCAAAAUAUCACUGUUAUUGCAUGUGAUGGGUGAUGAAGGAAUCGAAAUCUACAACACGUUCGAGUUCGAAAAGGAAACAAGAAACUACGAAACUAUUGUAGAAAAGUUCGAUAAUUACUUUCAGCCGCUAAAAAAUGAAACGAUGUGCAGACAUUUAUUUUUUACGCGUAACAAAGGUUGCGAAGAAAGUUUUGAAGAGUACGUAAUGGCUCUGAAAAAAUUAAGCCAAGAUUGUGCAUUUGAAAACUUAAGAGAUAGUCUGAUAAGAGAUCAGAUAAUAAGAGGAAUUAGUGAUAAAUCACUAAGAGAGCGAUUACUGAAAGAGCAAAAAUUAGACUUAACAAAAUGUGUUAAUAUGUGUAAAAUGGCUGAAACGACACAACAGCAAAUGAAAAAGUUUGAAGUGGAACCAAGCGUAGCAGUGGUCAAUACUAAUAAAAAUAAGAAAUAUAAUAUAAUAAAGAAGCAGGGAGACUUCAUUAGAAAAAAUGAAACGAGUCCAGACUUCCAAAGUAAGCAGCGACCUACUGCAAAGAAAAUGUGUCAACGCUGUGGAUAUGUACAUGGAUAUAAGUGUCCAGCAUAUAAAGUGAAAUGUAACAAGUGUUAUAAAAUGGGACAUUAUGGUAAAAUGUGUAAAACAAAAGUAAGUUCUAUAGAUAAUGUGAGUAAUGAUUAUCAAUUAGGUAUGUUAAAAGUACACAGUGUGUGUACAAAUAGUGAGUUGUGUGAGUCAUUAAAAAUUAAUGACCAAAAUAUUAAUUUUAAAUUAGAUACAGGUUCAGAUUGUAAUGUGUUGCCGUUAAAGAAUAUAAAAAGUUUAAAAUUAAGACACAUUAUAAAUGAUAAUAAUAAAACAUUGUAUAAUUAUGAUGGUACCAAAAUAAAAUGUAUAGGUAAAAUUAAAUUAAAUUGUGAACUGGUUAAUGGUAACAAAGUUAAAUUAUUGUUUUAUGUUGUAGACAGUGAAUGUAUACCAGUGUUAGGAUUUGAUACUAUAAAAAUGUUAGGUUUGAUGGAAAGAAAAUAUUUAAGAAUUAUAAAAACAGAUAAUAAACAAUAUGAAAAAAUAAUAAAUGAGUACAAAGAAUUGUUUAACAGUGAAAAGUUAGGUUUAUUAAAGAAUGUAGAAUACAAAAUAACAUUAAAGGAAAAUUAUGUACCAAAAGUAGAACCUUGUAGGGGUGUUCCAAUUCCUUUGCAUGACAAAGUGAAAGCAGAGUUAGAACAGAUGGAAAAAUUAGGAGUCAUAGAAAAAAUUACUGAACCCACAGAUUUUGUGAGUAACAUAGUAAUAGUCAAAAAACCUGAUGGAAAAAUCAGAAUAUGUUUAGACCCUAAUAACUUAAAUAAAUGUUUAAAGAGGGAACAUUAUAAAUUGCCUACAUUUGAAGAAGUUUCAUGUAGAAUGGCAGGUUCUACUAUAUUUAGUAAAUUAGAUGCGUCAACUGCAUUCUUUCAAAUAAAAUUGAAUGAAGAUAGUGCUAAAUUAUGUACAUUUGCUACACCAUUUGGUCGAUUUUGUUUUAAAAGGUUACCUUAUGGGUUAUCAUCAGCACCUGAAGUAUUUCAUAGACAGUAUUCACAAAUGUUAGAAGGAAUAGAAGGAUGUGCUGUAUUUUGUGAUGAUAUUGUAAUUUAUGGAAAAAAUAUAAAAAAGAACAUGACGAAAGGUUAUGUAAGGUGUUAAAAAUAGCACAAGAAAAUGGUGUUAAGUUCAAUUUAAAUAAAUGUGAAUUUGGUUUGUCGCAAAUUAAAUACUUAGGUCAUGUAAUACAUAAAGAUGGCAUAAAGCCAGAUAAUCAAAAAAUUGAGUCUAUAAUGAACCUAAAUAAACCAAAAAAUGUAAAAAGAAGUACAAAGAUUAUUAGGUAUGGUUACUUAUAUAUCAAAGUUUAUACCUUCUAUGUCGCAGGUUUGUCAACCAUUAAGAAUGUUAAUUAAAAAAGGUAGUACUUGGGUAUGGACUAGUGAACAAGAAAAGGCUUUUAAUGAGUUAAAAAAUAUAUUAAUGUCAAAACCAGUAUUACAAUUCUAUGAUCCUAAUAAACCUUGUACUUUGUCAGUAGAUGCGUCAAAAGAUGCAUUAGGUGCAGUUUUGUUGCAAAAUAACUUACCUGUUGCUUAUGCUUCAAAGAGUAUGACAAAUACACAAAAAAUGUAUGCUCAAAUUGAAAAAGAGCUGUUAGCUAUAGUUUUUGGAUGUACUAAGUUUCACCAAUAUGUGUAUGGAAAAAAAAUUGAUGUAGAAACGGAUCAUAAACCGUUAGAAAAUAUAUUUAAGAAACCAUUGUGUGAUGUACCAUUGCGUCUCCAAAGAAUGAGAUUACAAUUACAGAAGUAUGAUUUAACUUUAAGGUAUAAACCUGGUAAAGAUUUAUUAAUAGCAGAUUCAUUAUCAAGAGAUUGUUAUAAUUGUAAUGAGACUAUUAUGGAAAAAGAAAUUGAAGCUCAAGUAGGAAUGGUAGUUAGUAACUUACCAGUUACUGAUAGAAAGUUAGAAAUAUUUAAACAGGAGACUAUAAAUGAUUCUGAAUUGCAAAAACUAAAAGAAUAUUUAACUAAUGGAUGGCCAGACAUGUAUAAUAUACCUACAUGUUUGAAACCAUAUCAUUCUGUGAAAGAUGAGUUAUUUGUUUGUGACAAUUUAAUUUUUAAAAAUAAUUGCAUUGUUGUACCAAAUACAUUAAGAACUGAGAUGUUAGAUAGAGUUCAUUAUAAUCAUUUAGGUAUAGAAAAAUGUAAAACAAGGGCAAGGUCUUGUAUGUUUUGGCCCUCAAUGAACAAAGAUGUUGAAAAUAAAGUUUUGAAUUGUAAUACAUGUGAUAGGUUUAGAAAAAACAAUGUAAAAGAACCUAUGAGAAUAAGAGAAAUGCCAGUCAAACCUUGGACAGAUUUAGGUUGUGAUGUAUUUAAUUACAGAAAUAAUAAUUAUUUGAUUUUAGUGGACUAUUACAGUAAAUACAUUGAAGUUGAAAUGUUAAAAGAUCUCAGUGCAGAAGUAACAAUAAGUGUUUUUAAAAAAUAUGUUUAGUAGAUUUGGAAUUCCACAGAUAUUAUAUUCUGAUAAUGGACCUAAUUUCUCUAAUAUUAAAUUUAGACAAUUUACUAAACAGUGGAAUUUUAUACAUAAGACAAGUAGUCCAUUAUAUCCGCAAAGUAAUGGUUUAGCGGAAAGAUAUAUACAAACAGUAAAAAAUAUGUUUAAGAAAUGUGAUUAUGAAAGUAAAGAUAAAAGUUUAGCAUUAUUAGAAUAUAGAAAUACACCAAUAUCAAGUGAAUUUGGUUACAAAUCUCCAGCAGAAUUGUUGAUGAAUAGGAAAAUAUCAGGAUUGUUACCUCAUCAACAAGAGAUAAGUAAAGAAAAUAGAGAUAUUCAGAAUAGUUUAUAUAAAAAUGCUUGGAAAUAUAAGAAAUAUUAUGAUAGAAAUACAAGAAAAUUAAAAGAUUUAGGGAAAGGAGAAAAGGUAAUAUUAAAAGAUAGUAAUACUAAAAAACCAUUAUCAUAUGCUAAAGUAGUAAGUAAGGAUGAUAGACCUAAUUCAUUUAAAAUUGUAACUGAAAAUGACCAAAGGUUGGAUAGGAAUAGAAGAUAUCUUUUAAAGUGUAAUGAUCAAAGCGAAAUGAAAAUAGAAACUGAUAGAAAUUAUGAUAGUAUUGAAAUAGAUGAUGAAAAUAAUGUAACACAAGAUAACUGUAACAAUGAAAAUAUAGAACUGUGUGAUUUAAAUCAAAAUGUAAAUGAGCCUAAAAGUAGAGCCGGAAGGACUAUUAAAAAACCUGCGUAUUUGAAAGAUUAUUGUUGAUUUGGAAAGAAAGGGGAUGUAAGAGAUUAUGUAAUCGAUUAAAAAAUAAUGUCAUGUGUCCCAUCCCUACACAACUCUCUCUCCAGUUCCGGUGCUCAGCCAUGUAACACGUCUGUACAAUAAUAUAUAAUUGUAAUGUCCAUUAAUCACAAUAAAUACAUAUUAAAUA